AUUUGGCCAAUGUGGGAUACAAGACGCGUCUGCUAACUACUCCCAUCAUGGAAGUUGACCCCACGGCGAGCACCAGCACUGCUGUAAUAAGCACACCGCCAAUCACGUUCCAGGCGGAGAUUGAAACCUGGAUUGACCUCAGCUUCGCUUGGGCUGGGAAGCCCUACAGCCUGAGAAUUGCCGAGUCGGACAGAGUUUUCGACCUUAAGGCUGCUUUGCACCAUCUGACCCAGAUCCCAACGGAGAGGCAAAAGAUUCUAGGGCUAUUCAAAGGGAACAAGAUUCCCAGAGACCAAGAGAGGAUUGGAGAUUUGCAGUCGAAGUGGACUCCAGCUAAGAAGUUUACACUCAUUGGGACACCCGAGGGAGAUGAAAUCAAGGAGCUUGAAUUGUUGGCCGACAUCGUCAACAACAUUGAUCUCGAUCCAGAAGAUCCCAAGCUUUAUAAAGCCUAUCAUAACGACCCGCGGAAUGUGCGCAAAGUUCAGGAAGCAACGUCUGCACUCACUGUGAACGUUAUACAUCCGGUCCGAGAAGGAAAGAAGUUGCUCGUUCUCGAUAUCGACUACACGAUUCUGGACACGAAGCCCUUGACAAGCGGAAGUCUUCCUCCCUCCGAAUGUGCCAGACCACACCUUCACGAGUUUCUCGAGGCCGUUUAUCCCCAUUACGAUAUCUGCAUAUGGUCGCAGACGAGUUGGAUCUGGCUGGAAACGAAACUGGUAGAGCUGGGAAUGAGCUUGCAGAUCUCUUUCGUGCUCGACAAAACCCCGAUGUUUACAGUCUUCAGCCAACGAGAUGGCAAACCCUGGUCUCAUUCAGUCAAGGCGCUCCAAAUCAUCUGGAACCAUUUCCCUCAAUUUGAUUCCUCGAAUACCAUUCACAUUGAUGAUCUCAGCAGAAAUUUUGCACUGAAUCCCCAAAACGGCUUGAAGAUAUCCGCCUUCCGUGGCGCGCAUACACGCGAAGCUCUGGCAGAUCGCGAGCUGGUCAAACUCGCUCGCUACAUGGUGCACAUCGCAAGCAUGGACGACCUCGGAUCUCUCCAUCACACCAAGGUUCUGGAUGGCGAACAAUUUGUGAGGGUCACAAUACUUACUGAGGUUCGACAGGAUUGGCACAAGGUUGUUAGAAAUUUGCCUAGCUCAGAGACCUCCGAGGGCUCAUAA